CAAAGCUCAACAUACUUCACCUCAGCCAUGCUAACAACCGACGAGAGUGUGUUCCAACAUGACUUCUGGGGAGAGAAGAAUCAGGGCUUCAGUACCCUUUAUCACAACAUGAAGCAUGGACACAACGCUGCCAAGGAGGUGGCUGAGUUUUUUAGAGAGAGUGCUGCAAUUGAGGAUAGCAGUAGUAAGGCGUUGUUGAGGCAAGGAAAAGCGGCGGCGUCGCCACCUUUGGGGACUUUCAGUCCACUUUGGCUGCUGCUGAAGACGUCUAGAGAACAACUCGGAUCGCUGCAUGCGAAACUGUCCAGCAAGCUAACUGAGUUGUCAAAGGAUAUGAACGACUACAGCAACUCACAGAAAGAGACACAUAAAACUGUGAAAGACGAUGUCAAUCCCGCUUCAGAGGCCGUGCAGAGUCUUGAAGCAGCACAUGCACAAGUUUUGAAGAGUAAGAAGACGUAUACUCAGGUGUGUCACGAAUUAGAGGAAGCAAAAGAGGCUUUUAUAAAGGCACAGAAGGAGAACCACAAAGUGAAAGAACAAGAACGGCUUGAAGCCAGAAUGAAGAGAAUGGAUCAGUCAGUUACAAACGUUGAGUUUGACUACAAAGCCGCAGUUACAAAGCACAAGAGUACGUGCGACGAAUUCGAGCAGAAGAUGCACUUAGCGUGUCUUCGUUUUGAGAAAGUGGAAGACGAACACUUACAGAAGAUGCACAUGUUUGUGAUGCGAUAUCUUGAUUUACAAGAAGAGAUCUUCAAAGAGAUGCAAACAGCACUACGAAAUGUUAGAGCUCAAGCUCUGGAUCAAACGAUUAGCAAGCUUUUUGAAGAAUUUGUGAGAACCAAAGGGACAGGAAAAGACCAGCCAGUUCGAGCAAAAUUUGAACAAAAUUUGUCAACAUCCACACCAUUACCAUCUAUCAGAGAGACAUCGUCACCAACAGCUGUGUCAGUGCCAGCUGAUGCAUUGCAAGUAAAGGAUCUUCCACGAACUGCUAGUGGUUCUGGUUUAAGGAAGACGCUUGGUUUGAAGAGACUGAAACGAAAGAAGAAGCAGAAGGACACGUCGUCGUCCUCGGCUGGUGAUGCUCCGCCAGUUGAAGUUGAUGCAGAAGGUUACAGUAUUCGUCCUGUUGAUGCUGGUCGUCCUGGAGAGACAGGCAAUGACUCGGACUUCUCAUAUGAGAGCGAUGACGAACCCGGUUUUGAUCAAAAUAAACUUCGUACAAUUAAGAUUCGGCCCAUGGAAGGCAUGGAUCAAUUCAAAGUUCCUGACAUAAUGACAGGGACAGGAAGAGCUCCAUUAACACGAUCAGGAACAUCAACGUCAUCAGUAGACAAACUGAAACAAACUCGGUCGGGAAGCACACUAGUUCCUCUUAAUGACAGUGAAUCUAAAAGUUUGUCAAAGGGAGACAAGUCUGGCUCACAUAAUUCUCUUCUUGAUCUUGACAUUGAUGAGACGGCGAAUCUUCCUCUUGCUCUUACUGACUUGCAGGACAAUUACAGACAACGGGCACAUACAGCUGGUCCUAUACUUGGUGGUCAAAGUCCAAAGAAACAGAAAUUUGUUGUGGGUAGUGGUGCUCUCCUUGCACCACCACCAGGCAGCAGAGCAUUUUCUGUAUCAUCACACCACAGUCCAGAAACCGUUAGAACGAGCACUCCGACUCUAAAGGAAGACGAUACAGCCGUACAUUCAAACACAAAGACAACACCCAUAUCUCACACUCCACCAAUGCCAUCACCCAUCACUAGUCCAAGUCAUUCAGGAGCCGAAGUCACAUGCCCUAUUGCAAUUGCGUUCAGUGAAGUCGUCAAUGCCAUGUUCAAAGAUCCAGAUCCGAAGCAAUGUUUGGUGAAGGUGACUGGUGACAUGAUGAUCUCGUUUCCUACCAGUGUGGUUCAACGUCUUGCAUCACACACGUCCUCAACUUUACCAACUCUAACCUUACAAAUUGUCCAUGCCAUCGAAUUGGAGCACGUCCUUCCAAAUACUCGCCUUCUCAAUAUUGAGUCACAAGAGAAUAAUGCUAUUGUGCUGAAAUUUUCUAUGGGCUCGCUUGUUGCGUAUCUGAAGCGGCAAGUUGCUCAGUCGCCGUCAUCGUCUUAUCACAAUGCUGAUAUUCUCAAAUAUCAAGUGAAGAGUUCAGGCACAAAUAUUGUGCCGCUCACCUUGUGUAGCCACUGGAAGUGUGAACCAACUGUAACAAAUCUGAAAGUUGAUUAUACAUAUAAUGACAACGUAUUGGCUGGUGGUCAACCUCUGACUGGAGUGACUGUUAUUGCACCUGUCAAUGGAGGAGUGCAGUCAAUGACAUCAAAACCUGAAGCAGCUUGGAUUGCUGAGCAAUCUAGAGUCUCAUGGCGACUGAAUGAAAUUAGACCACCAGCGGGUUCUGGUUCAGUUCAGGCAAAGUUUAAUCUUUCAUCUGGUCCCGGCUCUCCGUCUCCGGUAGCACUUCAGUUUAUGUGUGAUGGAACAACCUUAUCAGGCAUCAACAUUCAAGUAAUUAGUGCAGGAUACAGACUUUCACUUCUCAAGAAGACAUUCAAGUCAGGGAAAUACACGGCUGAGCAAAGAUGAUCACAAUAGAACUGCAGGAAAGUUAGCUUUUUUACUACAGUACUGUAGAAGAGUCUGUUGGUGGUGAUGUGGGUUGGGUCUCGUUACACUUUCUACGAUAUUGUCUUGUAACAUCUAAAUGAACUUGCAAGCACUAGUGACAUUAGAGAGAUAUUUGUAUGA